UCGCUUGAAGGCUACCCUAUAUUAAUUCAACUCACUUUCUCAGCUGCUACUUCAUUUUCUUGGCUUCCUUUUCAGCUCUGUGUGUGCGCGCUCACAACUUUUCGGCCAAAGCAUCUCCCUAAAAAUCCGUUUCCUAGCUGACACUUCACCUAGGAUUCAACAAAUUGGCUGUUUUUAGGAAACAUAUCUCAUCUUCCUUCUCAUUGCUACUGGGUCUUACUCCAAAUGGGAAGGCACUCUUGCUGCUACAAGCAGAAGCUGAGGAAAGGCCUCUGGUCACCUGAAGAAGAUGAGAAACUUCUCAGGCAUAUUACUAAGUAUGGCCACGGUUGUUGGAGCUCUGUCCCCAAGCAAGCUGGUUUACAAAGAUGUGGAAAGAGCUGCAGAUUGAGGUGGAUUAAUUACUUGAGGCCUGAUUUGAAGAGAGGCACAUUCUCCCAGCAGGAAGAGAACCUCAUAAUUGAACUUCAUGCAGUUCUGGGCAACAGGUGGUCUCAGAUUGCAGCACAAUUGCCAGGAAGGACCGACAAUGAAAUUAAAAAUCUCUGGAACUCUUGCUUAAAGAAGAAACUUAGGCAGAGAGGCAUUGACCCUGUUACCCACAAACCACUUUCCGAAGUUGAAAACAAUGGGGAAGACAAGAAUCCUCCUGCCAACAAUGUCCAAGAUAAAGCCUCUGGAGUCUCCAAUGAACUGAACUUCCUCCAAGCCAAUAAUUCUAACCGAGGGCAAAGUUUACAAGAAAAGAAGCGAUCUCCGGCUUCUGCGCAAGCCUACCAAUUGGAAGGGCAAGGUUCUAACUCCAAGACUAUGAGCAGCAACGCCAACAACCACAGGAACAACAGCAAUUUGUUGACGCCCGUAAGCAACAAGGACUUUUUCUUGGAAAGGUUCGCAACCUCCCACCAGGAAGGCUCCACAAGCAACUGCCAACCUUCAGAUUUGCAUUUCCCUCUUCAGCAAUUGAAUUAUGCGUCCAAUGCCAGGCUCAUAACCAACUCAAUCCCCUCCCUCUGGUUCACCAACACCAGCAAACCUUUGGACAUGAACUCUGAAUUCUCUUCCAGUUCAAUACCCAGCAUCCUUCCACCCACAACAAGUUCAUUUCUUUCUACACCUUUGGCUUUCAAGCCCUCUGUCACCGUUCCCUCCGACGAUCCUCCGUUAGCGUCUUUUCCAAUCAGUAGUUCACGGUACUGGGAGGCCGGUGCCCCCAGCAAUAAUAGUAACAGCAGCACUGGAAGCAGCGGCUACACCGAACUACAAACCAACAGCUCUUUCUUUGAGAACACCCUGUUUUCUUGGGGACUAGGGGACUGUAGCUCAACGGAGAAAGAGGGUCAAAACCAGCUAAUGGGAAGCCAACAGGAGGACGUCAAAUGGCCGGAAUAUCUUCAUAAUCCGUUAAUAAUGGCUGCAGCUUUACAAAAUCAAAGUCCACAAUCCUUAUACAAUGAGAUAAAAUCAGAAACACAGUUCCUAAGUGAAAAUUCAAGCGGUAUGUGGCCUCAUAACCAGCAGCAACAAGAACCUUUCCAAACUUCUAAUAUAUGCGCUAAAGAUAUCCAAAGACUGACAGCUGCUUAUGGACAUAUAUAACUUUGAUUGGCCUGUGAAGUCACUGGUUAAAUGAAGAAACUGAAGUGGCUCCAACCGAUACUCGCUAGCAGCGCUUUCUUUAUUUUACAGGUGUGUGCCACAGAUUUUUCUCUUGUAAAUAGGUCUGAUACAAAAAAAAACAUUUCUCACCCUCUGCUUUUGAAAUAUUUGUGAGCCAAAAACAAUCUUUUUUCAUUACUAUUUCUUCUUCUUCUUCUUAAAAAACUCCAUGGGUAUGGGAAGGUGGAAUUGCAGAAUAAGGCUUGUACCAGCAGUGUAGUUGGAGUGUUGCGAUUCUAUCUGUAAACAAUCCCCAAAGAAGAAAACAAAAAAUUGCCAUUGAUCCUUGUUUUUUUUUUUUUUCAAAUUAGCAUAGUAUUUGUAAUGAUAUGAGAUUAUCAGC